UCUUCUUUCAUUCCCAGUCAAAAUCAACAACCAGCUCAGAAUUGAACAAAAGAAUCGAAGAAGAUGAGUUUCCUUGAACCCUACUCCAAAUCUAUGGCUUCUCUUUUUCUUCUUCUUCUUUUCGCUUUCGUUUCCUUCUCAAACCCUCUCGUCUCUGCUCAGAAAGCUCUCACCGCCUACGAUAUUCUUCAGCAGUACGGCUUCCCCGUCGGAAUUCUUCCCGUCGGAGUAACUGGCUACGAAUUGGACAGGGUUACCGGAGAAUUCAGUCUCUACUUGAAUCAGAAGUGCCGAUUCUCGAUCGAAUCCUACGCAUUGGAGUACAAGCCUACCAUUAAGGGCGUGAUUUCCCAAGGCAGAAUCAGGAACUUGAAAGGUGUUACGGUUAAGGUGCUGUUGCUGUGGCUCAACAUCGUGGAGGUCGUUAACGAUGGCUAUGAUCUCCAGUUCUCUGUGGGAAUCGCCUCCGCCAACUUUCCGAUUGAUGGUUUCUAUGAGUCGCCGCAGUGUGGCUGUGGAUUUGACUGCGGGAAGGCUGGGAAAUUGGUGGCGGCUUCUUAGGUAAAUAAAUCUGUGUUUAAUAAUUUAGGGAAAUUUAGUUUUGCAUUGCUCUGAACUUUCAACUUAUUUGCAAUUUUGGAGACGGGGAUUAGCUAUAUCGUUCCCUUUCUUUUUAUGUUGAAAUAAUCCCUUUCCGAUGGAUAAUAGAAUUGGUGUAUUUAUGUUCUGCCCCGUCUCUGAUUCUCUUGAUUGCAUAUGUAUGGUCUGAACAAUUUCAAUCUAUGAGAUUCAAGUUUUCUCCGUUUUAUAUCA